AUGGAGCGACCCAGCCGAGUUUCGCGACUGUCCGUGCACCCAAAAUAUGCACCUCGGGAGUCUGUUUUUGUAGGGAAUUCUGAAACGUACAGAGGCGACAGCAACUUUGUCUGCAGUCCCUUCCUGCGAGAAUGUGUCGUGGCCAUGGAGGACUGCUGCGACGAGGUGCAUCAUAGCCCGCUAGACAUGCUUCUUUACAGCUUAUAA